AUGCCAAUCGACUUGGACUUUGGUCGGUUCUUCGAACCGUCGCGAAAGCACUGGGAGGAGCUCGAAGGCAUGCGCGCUCGAUGCAGAGAUCUGCUCGUCCAUUACCAGGAACCCACGACAUACUGGACCCUGGGAGACCCAACCCCUCCGCCACCACCCGUCCGGCAGUCAGGAAGGAUCGCGACACCCGCCGACUGGGCGAACUGGCCCUUGGUCCGGGGCAUCUGGGACCCAAACGUGCACGGUUGGCCGCCGCCCGGGGUGCGACUGUCGGAUGCUUGGCUAUAUCUAGCGAUUAAAUACAUGGCGAAAAAAGCCCGCAUCAAUUCCUACUGGGCGGAUUUUAACAGGGACGGGAUCAUCCGGCCAAUGCGGGUCCCCGUGGGCGAUGCCAUGAUGAUCGCUGGGCACGGGCUCGUGUCCUACCCCGUCUAUCAGGGGUGGUACGUUUUAUGCGGCGGGGCGGCGCGAGUCCAUACGACUUGGCUUGUGGGUAAAGUAGGCAGACUGAGCCAGUAUCCCUACAAUUCUCUCGUGUAUGGACUCGUGUUCCCGGUCAAGGACAGCGUCCACAUCCAUGUGGAGCAGCUGCAGUCCCAUAGGACCGUGCUCGACGCCGGCCGAGGCGGCAGGAUUCGAUCUGUCGAGCAAUGGGUCUCUUGUAGGAAUGACCCCGUGAUCCGGUACUUUCGCUCACCACCAGAUGCCCAGCAGCACGAGACUUCGUAUCGACUCGAAUGCUUGGACCAUCUAAGCCCUUGGGAUCACUGCUCCGGAUGGGUGGGGUCGGACCCGCUCAAGCUUCGCCACGGUUGCUGGCCGGAUACGUCUUGA